AUGCUCCUCUCGCCGGACCAGUUCUCUCGGCUCACGGAGUACGCCAUGUAUUCUCGUCGCAAACUCAAAGAUAUGCUAUCGGAUUUUCAAGUCGACGGCAAAUUCUACACGUAUUUGUCCGAAGACGGCCAAACAAUUAAUUUCGCCGGCUUUCGCGCGUUUCUUCUCGAUUAUUUCGGCUCGGAUUUUCCGGCGGAAUUGAUCGAUCAACUAUUCCAAUCAUUCAAAAAUCCACCAGCCAAAGAACGUCGUACUAGUCUUUUCGAGGAGGCGAUAUCCUCAGUAAAAGCGAAGCUCAGCGAGUCGUUGACUGGUAGAUCAGAAAAAUCGAACAUCAGUCAACAAGAUCCACAGGCGCUUGUGUGCAUUCCGGAAGAUGAAGUUGUGCCUUCAAAGCCGUCAUCGCAGCCAAGCUCGUCGCAAGAAUCGCGAAUUCCACUCAAGCCCCUCAUUUGCACAUUAUCGCUGCUUGAAGCCGACACUCCCGAAAAUAAAUUAGACGUAGUAUUCCAUAUUUACGAUUCCGAUGCGAACGGAUUUCUCGAUAAAAGCGAGGUUGACGGAAUUAUUGAACAAAUGAUGAAUGUUGCCAGAUAUCAGCAAUGGGAUACGAUUGAGCUGGAGCAGAUUGUCCGCCAAAUGAUGAUCGACAUUGACUAUGACAAUGAUGGGAUUGUCUCGUUCGAAGAAUGGAGACGAGGCGGUCUUACCAACAUUCCAUUAUUGGUGCUUUUGGGAUUUGAUAGCGAAAUGAAAGAGGAUGGAUCGCAUGCGUGGCGGAUGAGGCAUUUCAGCAAGCCGACAUACUGCAAUGCGUGCUGCAGCAUUUUGGUCGGAUGGGGUGGCAAGCAAGGCCUUUGCUGUUCGUUAUGCAAGUAUACGGUACACGAGAAAUGUGUGAGAUCGGCGCAGAACAAUUGUAUUCGCACAUUUUCCAGUCGACAGCAGGAUAAAUUGUAUCAUCAUUGGCAAGAUGCGAAUGCGACGGCGAAAUGCGUCAAAUGCAAGGGAACCGUCGGAGUAUUCCAAGGAAAAGGUUGCCGCUGGUGCCAUAACUAUGUGCAUCACAAGUGUAUGUCGGCACAUCCACAAGAAUGCGAUCUUGGAGCAUUGGCGUACCAUAUCCUGCCACCAACUCACAUAUUCCCAGCAUUCCUCGAAAGGAAAUCGUCGACGGCGAAACACUUGAAUCUCGGAGCCCACUGCACGAGCCUUCUACAGGCUGUCUCGCCCCGUCAUAAUUCACGUCCGCUUCUUGUCUUGGUCAACCCGAAAAGCGGCGGGAAGCAAGGGGUUCGAAUUCUGCAAAAGUUCGAGUAUCUUCUCAAUCCGCGUCAAGUCUAUGAUUUGAGCAAAACCGGACCGGAGCCGGGUCUUCAAUUAUUUUCAACACUUCAAAACAGCAACAUUUUGGUUUGCGGAGGCGAUGGAACAAUCGGAUGGGUGCUCGAAUCAAUGGACAAAAUGUCAUUUCCGCACGGUCGGCCACCAGUCGCCGUUUUGCCGUUGGGAACCGGAAAUGAUCUAGCACGAUGUCUUCGAUGGGGCGGUGGAUACGAGAACGAGAGCCUUCACAAAAUCCUAGAGAAAAUUGAGAAAUCUAGCCUGGUAAUUGAAAUGGAUCGUUGGCAGAUCAAUGUAGAAUUGACGGAGAAGAGCGGCCGACGGCCGAGUGAGAAGGCCGAUUCUCCGCCCUAUAGUAUUAUUAAUAAUUAUUUUUCGAUUGGCGUUGAUGCUUCAAUUGCCCAUCGUUUCCAUGUGAUGAGGGAGAAAUUUCCGGAAAAAUUCAACAGCCGAAUGCGAAACAAAUUGUGGUAUUUCGAACUUGGAACCAGCGAAACUCUAUCGAGCUCGUGUAAAAAUUUGCAUGAGCAAAUUGACAUUUUGUGUGACGGAGAAUCAAUCGAUCUCGGCCAAGACGCAUCGCUUGAAGGAAUCGCGUUGCUCAAUAUUCCGUCAAUUUAUGGCGGCUCGAAUUUAUGGGGUCGAAGUCGAAAGGCGAAAGGAAGAAUGUCUGGAUUAUUUCCAAUGAAAAGUGCAGAGAGGAUUCAACUUCAAAGUCGCGUUCAGGACAUUGGUGAUGGUUUAAUUGAGCUUGUCGGCCUUGAAUCGGCGAUGCAAGUUGGCCAAAUUAAAGCAGGAGUUCGAGAUGCUCGCCGAUUAUCGCAAUGCUCUACCGUCGUUAUUCAGACUCAUAAGUCGUUCCCAAUGCAAAUCGAUGGUGAACCUUGGAUGCAACCGCCGUGUAUCAUUCAAAUUACGCACAAAAACCAAGCGAAAAUGCUUGUUGCUCCGCGAAAAAGGAGCUCAUGGAUGCUUCUUCGACGACAAUCGACUAAUGAUGAUAAUUAA